GAGGCAAGGCUAUUGGCAGGCGCGUGGUGUUCCUGGAAACAUGGCGGAGCUCCCGAGGAAGCGUCCGUGUGGCCCGGGUGAACAUGGCCAAAGGGUUGAAUGGAGAAAAUGGAAACAACAGAAAAAAGAGGAGAAAAAGAAAUGGAAGGACCUCAAGAUAAUGAAAAAACUGGAGCGGCAGCGUGCGCAGGAGGAACAGGCUAAGCGCCAGGAGGAGGAGGAAGAGGCCGCUGCCCAGAGGAGCAACCAAGGACGGCCUUACACUCUGAGUGUGGCCCUGCCAGGCUCCAUCCUGGACAACGCCCAGUCACCUGAGCUCCGCACCUACCUGGCUGGCCAGAUAGCCAGAGCCUGCACCAUCUUUUGUGUGGAUGAGAUUGUGGUGUUCGAUGAGGAGGGCCAAGAUACCAAGAGUGUGGAAGGAGAAUUCAGGGGAGUUGGCAAGAAGGGGCAGGCAUGUGUCCAGCUGGCCCGCAUCCUGCAGUACCUGGAAUGUCCACAGUACCUGAGAAAGGCAUUCUUCCCCAAGCACCAGGAUCUGCAGUUUGCAGGAAUCCUCAACCCCUUGGACAGCCCUCACCACAUGCGUCAGGAUGAAGAAUCCGAGUUCCGAGAAGGCGUCGUGGUGGACCGGCCCACCAAGGCAGGCCAUGGCUCUUUGGUCAACUGUGGAAUGAAGAAGGAAGUGAAGAUUGACAAGAAACUGGACCCUGGACUUCGGGUGACUGUGAGACUGAACCAGCAGCAGCUCCCAGAAUGCAAGACAUACAAAGGAACAGUCGUGUCUUCACAGGAUCCCCGCACCAAAGCUGGUCUCUACUGGGGCUACACUGUCCGGCUGGCCUCUUGCCUCAGUGCUGUGUUUGCUGAGUCUCCCUUCCAGGAUGGGUAUGACCUGACCAUUGGGACAUCAGAACGUGGCUCCAACGUGGCCUCUGCCCAGCUGCCCAGCUUCAGGCAUGCUCUUGUGGUGUUCGGAGGCAUCCAAGGGCUAGAAGCUGGAGUGGAUGCUGACCCGAACCUUGAAGUGGCAGACCCCAGUGUCCUCUUCGACUUUUACGUCAACACAUGCCCUAGCCAGGGCAGCCGUACCAUCCGCACUGAGGAGGCCAUACUCAUCUCACUGGCUGCUCUGCAGCCUGGCCUCACCCAGGCGGGGUCGAGGCCCACCUGACCGCUUUCUGGACCCAGGAUGUAGAGGAAGCAGUAAGACAUGGAGGAUUGCUGGGCAGUGGUGGCGCACGCCUUUAAACUCAGCACUUGAAAGGCAGGUGGAUUUCUAAGUUCGAGGCCAGCCUGGUCUACAGAGUGAGUUCCAGGACAGCCAGGGCUAAACAGAGAAACCCUGUCUUGAAAAACAAAGAAAGACAUGGAGGGUUCCAGGAGUAGAAAUGGUCAAGACUUCUCUCCAAAAAUAACUGCCUUUAAUGUACGCCAGCCCCAUCUCCCCAGGGUCUCAUGUGAGUUCUCCACUGUCACUUGCUGCCAGCAGUGAUGGCCUUGAGGUUUCCAGCUCGAGCCAGAAUAU